CCACCAUCUGUUGGUUCCCGGAUCCUGGGUUACAUCAUUCUUAUUUUUACAUUAAACAUUACCAGUAAUAAAAACAAAGGGGGGAAAUAAAAGCUCAUGUAAGGAAAUUCUGAUUUCACAUGGUCUCGACAGAGUCUUUUGCUUCUCAGUAAUUCCAGAAACUGAAAACAACAGGAAGAUGUCUUAUUGAGAAAGACCACUUUCAACUUGACCAUGAGUCAAAGAAGGAAGAAAAAUUCCUCAGAUGGAGAAACCAAACCCCGGACUUCGUUUGUCAACAAAUUCUUCAGGAGCUCAAAACUCAGGCCCACCAAAGCUGAAAGCAGAAAAAAGAGCAAUGAUCUUGAAGCUGCUGAUUUCCAACCCAGCGAUGACGCACAGAAAACAGAAAACAUCUUAGAUACUGCUAAUAAGCCUCUCACUUCAGAAAUGGAGUUGGGAUCCAGGAGGGAGAAAAACGAGCAAUUCCUGCAGAAGCUGGGCAGAAAGGCUGUCAACAAGUGUCUGGAUCUGAAUAACUGCGGAUUAACGACCGAGGACGUGAGGGAAGUGGUUGCUUUGCUGCCUCUUCUCCCAGACUUGGAAAAACUGGAUAUUUCCUGGAAUGAUCUUAUAGGUGGAACCCUCCAUUCAGUCACCCAGCAAAUGCAUCUCGUCAGCAAGUUAAAAAUCCUGAGGCUGGGAAGUUGCAGACUUACCACUGAUGAUGUUCGAGCACUGGGAGAAGCACUGGAGGCGAUACCUGAGCUGGAAGAGCUGAACUUGUCCUGGAACAGUAAAGUGGGAGGAAACUUGCCUCUGAUCCUCCAGAAGUUCCAAGAAGGGAGCAAGAUACAAACGCUUGAGCUCGUAGAUUGCGACCUCACAUCAGAAGAUGGGGUGUUUGUGGGUCAGUUGCUACCCAUGAUGCAAAAUCUUGAAGUACUUGAUCUUUCCAUUAACAGAAACAUCGGUGGCAGUCUGAACAGUAUUGCUCAGGGAUUAAAAAGUACCUCAAAUCUGAAAGUACUGAAGUUACAUUCAUGUGGACUAUCGCAAAAGAGUGUCAGAAUAUUGGAUGCUGCUUUUAGGUACUUGUGUGAACUGAGGAAAUUAGACCUUUCCUGCAACAAGGAGCUGGGUGGAGGUUUUGAAGACUCGUCAGCUCAGUUGGCCAUGUUGGAGCAUCUAGAAGUCCUGGAUCUUCACCAGUGCUCGCUGACGGUAGAUGACGUGGUGUCGCUGACCCAGGUAAUCCCUUUACUCUCGAGUCUUCAAGAGUUGGAUUUAUCUGCCAACAAAAAGAUGGGCGGCUCUUCUGAAAACCUACUCAGCCGGCUCCGAUUUUUACCAGCCCUGAAGUCCUUACUCAUCAACAACUGUGCUUUGCAAAGUGAGACGUUUACCGCCCUCGCUGAAGCCUCUGCUCACCUCCCUGCUCUGGAAGUAUUCGACCUUUCUUGGAACAAAUGUAUUGGUGGCAACCUGAAGCUGCUUCUGGAAACACUGAAGUUCUCAGAGUCCCUUCAAGUGCUGAGACUGAGCAGCUGUUCCCUGGUGACAGAGGACGUGGCUGUCCUGGCAUCACUAAUACAGACGGGUCAUCUUGCCAAGCUGCAGAAGCUUAUCCUGAGCUAUAACGACAGCGUCUGUGACACAGGAUGGGCUAUCUUCUGCCAAAACAUGUGGUUCCUCAAAGAGUUAACGGAGCUGGAUAUCAGCCUUAGGCCAUCGACUUCCCGGGACUGCGGACAAUGGUUUAGACAUUUGUUAUGUGCUGUCGCCACACUUCCCAAGAUCACGGAGAUAGGGAUGAAAAGGUGGACCCUCCCUGCUACACAGGAGGAAGAACUCGAACGUUUUCACCAAGAUCACAGAUGCAGCAUUCACUUUGACCGUGGUGAAUUUCAGGAAGCUGAUUUCUCACGGCUUAACUAAGCUAUAAACCAUUAUCUGGAGGAGGAAAAAAAACAUGAAUGAAUCCCAGUGUAAUCAAAGGAGUAUCAACUUCUGUGCUGUUUAGUGGGAUUGAUGUUACAAAAGCUUUGUAAAUAUGUAUAUGGUAAUCUAAUAUGAGCAUGUCUUUAUUCUCAAAUGACAAGGAUGACAUUUUCCCCUGGAGUUUCAUUUAUUUUGGAAAUCUAAUUCACUUACUAUUUAGAAGGCCUGCCAAAGAUGUUUAGAUUCUGGUAACACAUUUCCUUUUUUCUUGCCCUGGAAUUUUCUCCCUCUUGUUUUCCUACAUGAUAAAUGUUCUAAAUAUAAGGGUGUGUAAGUACAUGUGUGAGUGUGUGUAUGAGUGUGAGUGUGAAAUCUAAUGUGAAAAGCACUAGCUAUGUAAUAGUUUUAUGUUAUCAUUAUUAUUAUAUGUAUCUUAAUGUAAACUACUUGAAUUUUUAUCAAGAAAUGUGCCCUUCCAUGGUUUAUUAUUUUAUGUCCUGGUGCUUUUUAUCUCAGAUAUAAACCAUGAAUGCUAAUAAUGGUCACUGACAUAAAUCUUAGUAAAAAGGUGGCCAAAAAAUCAAAACCCAGUAUCAAAAACACAUCUUGUUAAAAUUUUUAUUGUUGAAAGAAACUAACAUACUAGCUCUGGGCAUUUUUUUGGCAUGGUUUUUGCUACAUAAAACCUAUUUAAUUCAUUAAAGUUUUUGUCUUGCUCUAAGUGAUUUUUAAAAUACUGGGGUAUCUUUUGCAGGAGCAUGGAACUCACUGCAUGGCAGAAGAGUGUGUUUGCUCACACAUUUCUAUUCUCAUACACUCUAAUCAUGUUUUGCUUUCUUGUUGCUACACUAAUAAUUUGUGUUGCAAUUAUUGCUUGAAAGACAUGUGGAAUUUGAAAUCAAUAUUACUCCAAACGAAAGCCAUCAGGAUAAGAAGCUUUUGGGUGAUGUAAAUGGGGAUGUUUUAGGUAAUUGUGGUAUUCAUUCUCUGGGCAUCCCCAUGGAUUCCAUGGGCACUUGUGCUCCUGUGUUUACGUGAACACAUGUAAAACCUAUGAAUUAGGCAAAAACUGGGAACACCAAUAUCCUUCAGUGGGUGAAUGCUUAAACAAACUAUCGUACUAGGUGAUACUACUCAGCAAUAAAUUGAUACAUCAACAAUGC